AUUCGGAUAGCCUCGUUCCCACAAGCCAGUCCACAGAGUGUGACCUCUAUCAGAAAGAGCGAGAGAGUUUGGUCGAGGAAUGGAGAGAGAGAUGGCCGUCGAGGCCGCGGCGAAGGAGACGUGGGAGAAGAGAUCGAGCUUUAGGAGGAUCUGCGUCUACUGUGGGAGCCAAGAGGGGAAGAAGGCGAGCUACCGGGAGGCCGCUAUCGAGCUCGGGAAGGAAAUGGUAGAGAGGGGCAUAGACUUGGUGUAUGGAGGAGGGAGCAUUGGACUGAUGGGCCUGGUUUCGCAUGCAGUCCGUGAUGGAGGGCGCCAUGUCCUAGGAAUUAUUCCAAAGACAUUGAUGCCAAGGGAGGUAACUGGCGAGCCUGUGGGAGAAGUCAGAACUGUAUCAGAUAUGCAUGAGAGAAAAGCCGAGAUGGCUCGUGAAGCUGAUGCUUUCAUUGCUUUGCCUGGUGGGUAUGGUACGCUCGAGGAACUGCUCGAGGUCAUUACAUGGUAUCAGCUUGGGAUUCACAAGAAGCCAGUUGGUCUCCUGAACGUUGAUGGCUUUUACAAUUCACUGUUGUCGUUCGUUGAUAUAGCUGUUGAUGAAGGUUUUAUAUCCCAAAGUGCUCGCAGCAUCAUCAUUUCAGCCCCAUCAGUCAAGGAGUUGAUGAGGAAGUUGGAGGAAUGCAAGCCGGAGUAUGAAGCGGACCUUGUUUGGGAGACUGAGCGGAAGCCAGAGCAAGAACCCCGCUUGGUUUGGGAGGACGAGCAGAAGUCCUUGAAUUUGGUGCCUAAAGCAGAGCCCGGUAUUGCUACCUGAUUGUUCAGCCUGACCACCACCUUUUGGCUCAUACUGCUCUAACGAGACAAUGAUACUCCUUACAGACAGAUCAAAAAACGUUUGAAUGAAAGUAGAGUUCGAUGUCCAGAGCAAUCAGUGCACCUUCCUGGCCUCACAAAUUUAAUGAAUAAUAACAUUACUUGGACAUUUAAGAAUACUCGGUCUGCUAAUAAAAUUUAUGCAGUUGUUUUAAUUGAUUUUGUGACUAGAGAAUAUAUAUAUGCAGGCUGCGGGAAAUGUUGCUAUUCUGCUUGUUUUGAGAUGUUAACAAGGUUUUU